UGGGCUUCGCGCGCCGCAGCCCGGGAGAGUCAGAAAGGCGAGGGGCGCCUGGAGCAGGCGUGUGGGACUCCAGACCGGAGAGCCGGAGGCUGCGCCUUCCCCGCACCGGGACCUUCACGGCACACCAGAUCCUCGCCCCUGCCCCGUGCGAGCGCCCAGGAUGACCACCACCCUCGUGUCUGCCACCAUCUUCGACUUGAGCGAAGUUUUAUGCAAGGGUAACAAGAUGCUCAACUACAGUCCUCCCGGUGCCGGGGGCUGCCUGCUGGACAGGAAGGCGGUGGGCACCCCUGCCGGUGGGGGCUUCCCCCGGAGGCACUCGGUCACCCUGCCCAGCUCCAAGUUCCACCAGAACCAGCUCCUCAGCAGCCUCAAGGGCGAGCCAGCUCCAGCUCUGAGCUCUCGGGACAGCCGCUUCCGAGACCGCUCCUUCUCAGAAGGGGGCGAGCGGCUGCUGCCCACCCAGAAGCAGCCGGGGAGCGGCCAGGUCAACUCCAGCCGCUACAAGACGGAGCUGUGCCGUCCCUUCGAGGAGAACGGCGCCUGUAAGUACGGCGACAAGUGCCAGUUCGCGCACGGCAUCCACGAGCUCCGAAGCCUGACCCGCCACCCCAAGUACAAGACGGAGCUGUGCCGUACCUUCCACACCAUCGGCUUCUGCCCGUAUGGGCCCCGCUGCCACUUCAUCCACAACGCUGAGGAACGCCGUGCCCUGGCCGGGGCCCGGGACCUCUCUGCUGACCGUCCCCGCCUCCAGCAUAGCUUUAGCUUUGCUGGGUUUCCCAGUGCCGCUGCCACCGCCGCUGCCACGGGGCUGCUGGACAGCCCCACGUCCAUCACCCCACCCCCCAUCCUGAGCGCCGAUGACCUCCUGGGCUCGCCCACCCUGCCCGAUGGCACCAAUAACCCCUUCGCCUUCUCCAGUCAGGAGCUGGCGAGCCUCUUUGCCCCUAGCAUGGGGCUGCCCGGGGGUGGCUCCCCAACCACCUUCCUCUUUCGGCCCAUGUCUGAGUCCCCUCACAUGUUUGACUCUCCCCCCAGCCCUCAGGAUUCUCUCUCGGACCAGGAGGGCUACCUGAGCAGCUCCAGCAGCAGCCACAGUGGCUCAGACUCCCCCACUUUGGACAACUCAAGACGCCUGCCCAUUUUCAGCAGACUUUCCAUCUCAGAUGACUAAACCAGGGUAGGGAGGGCCGCCCCCUGCCUAUUCAGCCCCCACCCCGCACCCACAUCCCCUACCCUUCCCUCCUACCCAUCCGAUUCCUGACAAACCCCUACAUUAACAAGGUUAAGCUCAACCCCUUUCCCCCAGGACCUUGGAAUGCCCCCUCCCUCCCCCCUCUUUAAACGCCCCUCCCCCCCAACAUAAGGACAAGUCAAUUUGUCAAUAGCUUCUGGCUAGAACCCCCCCACCUCAAUUUUAUAGCCCACUUACCAUGCAUAACAGACAAGUCCCAUAUUUGUCAGUAGAUGCGUUUUUUUUUCCAGCUUAAGCCUUAAGUGCCAAAUCACAAAAGAAAAAGCAGUAACAGUUUACAGAAGCAACUUAGUGCCUUGUGAUCUAACUUUGUCACUGUGACUACAUUACCUCUUCAGCGCCAGAGGGCACCCGUGGGCCUCCCCAGCCUCUGCCCAGGGGGAGGGGAAGGGGGAAGGGGGCGGGGGAGGGGGGACUUAGAACCAGCAGCUCCCUCCACUGGCAACACAAUUGCACCUUUCCUGAUUCCAGUCUCCCACACACUUCCUUCUCCCCUCUCCCCAGUAACCCCCCCUGAACCCGCCUGGGGAGAGUUGUUGCCAGACUUGGGUUUUUGGGGAAACCUAGCUUGACAUUCAAAACCUUUUUCUUCCCGACCUGAACCUCUGUUGACUAAUCUUGCCUGGGUUCGUGUAGGUCUGCAGGAAGGAAGACUGCAAAAGCGGAUGAAGAUUGUGACAUAAGUGGGACUUUGUGAUUUAAUUUUUUUUUUCUUUUGUUUUAAGUGGGGAGGAAGGGGAAGCUAGAUGGACUAUGAGAGACUUGAUUUUGGUGCUAAAGUUCCCCAGUUCGUAUGUGACAUCUUAAAAAAAAAACAACAAAAAAAUGAGAGAAAAGCUUAAAAACAUGUAAGGGGUGAGCAGUUAAUGAUAUUCAUUCCACAUACAAUAUCUGUGUAAAACGAUUUCCUGUAGAAGUAGCUUUAAUGGUUUUUGCUCUAGAAUACCGUAGGUCUAUCCUUAGAGCACUCACGCCAUGCUUUUUUCCCUGGGUUUUAAACUUCAUAUAACUUCAGAAAUUGGAGAGCAAAAAUUUUGCUUGUCACUGCACAUCAAUAUAAAAAAGCUUAUUUAACUUAUCAAAACGUAUUUAUUGCCAAACUAUGCUUUUUUUUGUUAAUUUUGUUCAUAUUUAUCGGGAUGACAAAUCCAUAGAAUAUAUUCUUUUAUGUUAAAUUAUGAUCUUCAUAUUAAUCUUAAAAUUUUGUGACGUGUCUUUUUCCUUUUUUUCCACAGUUUUAAUAUAUUAUUCUUCAACGACAUUUUUUGUAACUUUACACUUUUUUUGGUUAUUUUAUUUUAAAAAAAUGAAAAAUUAAUUUAAAAAAAUGCAAAAAACUGUUGGAUUAUUUAUUUUAGAAAUUUCCCCCCUUUGUGUUGGACUGCAAAUUGAGUUUCUUUCUCUUUUGGCCUUUCACAACUAGGACUGAGAAUGUAUGUAAAAGUUCUGUGACAGUACAGAAGGAAAACAACUUUUAAUGUAUAGCUUCUAAAAGGGAAAAAAAAAAAACAAACCCUUUGACUUCACGUGCCCAUCUCUAGACAUUCCGAUUGCAGAUUUGAGGUUCUGGAUUCCAGGUUUUGGAGUUUUCCAAUGUUAAUGCAAACAGAACUGGCACACACACAUUAAGAUGAAUGUAAUUAUUAUUCCUCUUGCUGGUCACUACCGUCGCUUUCUAUUUCUCUUUCUUUGUGUGAAUUUAUUUAAAAGAAAAAAAAACUUUUUGUAACGACUAUUUGCAGUUUAAAAAUCAAUAAACCCAUUUUUUCAAGAAA